AUGAGUCUACCUUCAUUCAUUCGACCCUUCGUCAAGUCUGAGAUCCGCACCGUCGAGAUGCACACCUCGGGUGAGCCGGCGCGGAUCAUCUAUGCCGGCUACCCAGAUAUCCCUCUCGUUUACGAGCCUCGCGGCCACCAAGACAUGUACAGCGCCGUGUUGAGACCACGCACCGAGCUAGUGGACUCUGGAGAGGCACACAUGGGCGCCCUGUUUCUCACUCAUGAGGGGUACGGGAUGAUGUGCGGACACGCCACGAUCGCUCUCGGCAGAUUCCUUGUCGACUGUACCGACGAGACUAUCUUCCCACGACGCAAAGACUUGAAGUUCGAUAACCAGGCGAAUGAAGUGCAAGUUAGGCUCCAUGUGCCGGCAGGCAUCGUUCAAAUGAAGGUCCCUGCCGUGAAGGCGGACGGUAGCUGGAGGACGGACACAAGCAGGCCGGUUACCUUCCUCUCGAUCCCCACUUUCGCUAUCGCUACCGACCUCACGUUCCACAUCCCAGAGAACCUCCGAUGGGCUGAGAUGAAUGGCAGAGACAGUGUGACUAUCGAUGUUGGUUAUGGCGGUGCAUUUUACAUCAUCGUCGCGGCAUCGGCCUUGGGCUUUUCACCAUCGCUCGCGAAGCCAGAUUUUCCUGCUCUCAAAAACGCCGCAGAUAAGUUGAAAGAAGCAUUCAACUCGAACCAACUUCUACGGACUCGUCUCACACUGCCGGAUGACAAGCGCCUUCAGUCUAUAUAUGGCGUCAUGGUCACAGAUGCCGACAGCGGGGACGACUUGCCUGUCGCUCCAGGAUGCAAAGGCGCAGAAACAGGAUUAUACUUCUUCUCAGACCAGAUUGAUCGCAGUCCCACUGGCUCAGUCGUCCAAGCGCGCGUUGCCGUGGCAGUUGCAAAGGGAGAACGACAGCUGGGGGAGAGUUGGGCAUAUCACAGUCUGGUGUCGAGGGCUCAAGGAGGCUAUAAGAGCGCUUUUGUUGGCAAGCCGGUCGAAAAGAUUGACUUUGGUAAGAUGGAGGGGAUCAGAGUGGAGGUGAGCGGGAGGGCGCACUACAUUGGUGCAAGCACUUUCGUCGCCGAGGACGAGGAUGAUGUCGGUCGAGGCUUUUCAUUCCAGGCACUCGGAAAGUAA